UAUUUAUUCAGGUGUUGGCAAUGAAUGAGUAUUUGGUUUAUAUUACGGUCGCGUUAGUCGCGAUCACCGGUAGUUUGGGUGCCAUAACCCCCGACUGCAAGAACUACAAGCAGUCGGGACACGACUCGUUCGCGUGUGUCUGUACUGAGGGUCAGCCCUGCGAUAAGAUCGAGGGUCCGAUCAAAACAGCUGCCGGUGUGGUCACCAAUUGGGAGUCCAGUCGAGACGGCGCACGACUUCGCAAACAGGCCUUACAUUUCGGGCAACAAGUAGGCUCUGAGGCCGCGGCCGCACAGUUGAGUAUUAAAGUGGACAGGGAUGUGAAACACCAGGAGAUUUUUGGUUUCGGGGGUGCGUUCACUGACUCGACCGGAAUUAAUAUCAACAAAAUGGGGGACAAAUUGGGCGCUCAGAUACUCAACGACUACUUCAGCAAAGAUGGCAUUGAGUACAAUGUCGGACGCAUUCCCAUCGGGGGUUCAGACUUCUCUCCCCGAGCCUACUCUCUGGACGACCAGACAGAGGACAGACAGCUUCAGAAGUGGAAUCUCACCAAUGAGGACCUCGAUUAUAAAAUCCCGACCAUAUUAAAAGCCAAAGCAUUGGCCACACAUGAGAUCCGACUGUUUGGCAGUCCCUGGUCUGCACCCAAAUGGAUGAAAACCAACAACGAAUUAAUACAUGGGGGUAGCCUUAAGGGCGCCGUUGGCUCCGAGUACUGGCAAAUAUGGGCCAACUAUUUCGUACACUACCUGAACUCCUAUAAAGCCCACAAUAUCACCCAUUGGGGGAUAACCAUCCAAAACGAGCCCCGGGCUAACCAACCAUUCAAUUCAAUGCUGUAUACUCCGGAACAAAUGCGAGACUUUUUAGCCAAAACCUUAGGACCGGUGCUGGAGAGCAGCGGUUGGGGACCCGAUAAACUAAAAGUCAUGGUUUUGGACCAUAACUUAGAUCUCGUGGAGGAAUGGGUUCGCGUUAUAUUCGCCGACAAGACGGCCGCCAAAUACGCGGCCGGGACUGCCAUUCAUUGGUACUCUAAUUCACCCCAUACUAACCUCGAUGGACCCCACAAUAGUCACCCUGAUAAGUUCAUCCUAGCAACUGAGGCCUGUAUGGGGCCCAAAGUAAGACUCGGCUUAUGGCAGUUGGCCGAGCGAUACGCUUAUGACAUACUGGGAGUCAUUGGGUGGACCGACUGGAACAUGGUUCUGGACACCCAGGGAGGGCCCACUUGGGUCGGCAAUUGGGUCGAUGCUCCGGUAAUUGUGAACCCCGAGGCACACGAGUACUACCGUCAGCCCUCCUUUUACGCUAUGGCCCACUUCAGCAAAUUCUUACCUCCCGGUUCCGUACGGGUUGACUCACCUGUCGUUACUCAACACAAUACAAAGGCAACUGUCGGUGCCUUCCGUACCCCUCAUGACUCGACGGUUGUGAUUGUCGUUAAUAAUGAUGAGACAGACAUUGACUUUACUGUAGAGGACAUGUUUGUUAUGAAUAAGUGUUUGGUUUAUAUUACGGUCGCGUUUCUCGCGAUCACCGGUAGUUUGGGUGCCAUAACCCCCGACUGCAAGAACUACAAGCAGUCGGGAUACGACUCUUUCGUAUGUGUCUGUACUGAGGGUCAGCCCUGCGAUAAGAUCGAGGGUCCGGUCAAAACAGCUGCCGGUGUGGUCACCAAAUGGGAGUCCAGUCGAGACGGCGCACGACUUCGCAAACAGGCCUUACAUUUCGGACAACAGUUGAACUCUGAAGCCGCGGCCGCACAAUUGCACAUCAAAGUGGACAGGGAUGUGAAAUAUCAGGAGAUCUUUGGUUUCGGGGGUGCGUUCACUGACUCGACCGGAAUUAAUAUCAACAAAAUGGGGGACAAAUUGGGCGCUCAGAUACUCGACGACUACUUCAGCAAAGAUGGCAUUGAGUACAAUGUCGGACGCAUUCCCAUCGGUGGCUGCGAUUUUUCUACCCGUGCCUACUCUCUGGACGACCAGACAGAGGACAGACAGCUUCAGAAGUGGAAUCUCACCAAUGAGGAUCUCGAUUAUAAAAUCCCAACCAUAUUAAAAGCCAAGGCAUUGGCCACUCAUGAGAUCCGGCUGUUUGGGAGUCCCUGGUCUGCACCCAAAUGGAUGAAAACUAACAACGAUUUAGCACAUGGAGGCAGUAUUAAAGGCCCCGUCGGCUCAGAGUACUGGCAAAUAUGGGCCAACUAUUUCAUACACUAUCUAAACGCAUAUAAGGCCCAUAACAUCACCCACUGGGGGAUAACCAUCCAAAACGAGCCCCGGGCUAACCAACCAUUCAAUUCAAUGCUGUAUACCCCGGAACAAAUGCGAGACUUUUUGGCCAACACGUUAGGACCGGUACUUGAGAGCAAUGGUUGGGGAACAGACAGACUGAAAGUGAUGGUAUGGGACCAUAACUUAGAUGAGGUCCAGGAAUGGGUUCGCGUUAUAUUCGCCGACAAGACGGCCGCCAAAUACGCGGCCGGGACUGCCAUCCAUUGGUACACACAUUCACCGCAUACUAAUCUCGACGAACCACAUAAAUUACACCCUGAUAAGUUCAUUCUGUCUACUGAGGCCUGUAUGGGACCUGGAGUUAGACUCGGGGCGUGGGAAUUGGCUCAGGCUUAUGGUUACGAUAUACUUGGAACUCUGAACCACCACACUGUGGGGUGGACCGACUGGAAUAUGGUUUUGGACACAUCAGGAGGCCCCUCCUGGAUCCCGGGUAAUCGGUUCGACUCUCCCAUAAUCGCUAACCUGGACGCCCACGAGUACUACCGUCAGCCUUCCUUCUACGCUAUGGCACACUUCGCCAAAUUCUUACGUCCCGGUGCCGUACGGGUUGACUCACCCAUUGUUAUACGAAACAAUACAGAGGCAACUGUCGGUGCCUUCCGUACCCCUCAGAACUCGACGGUUGUUAUUGUCGUUAAUAAUGAUGAGACAGACAUUGACUUUACUGUAGAGGACAGGUUGGCUACAGGCGCUGACUACGAAGUCAUUGAUGCCAUCAUUGGACACCCAUUUCAGACGACACAAGAAUUAAUGCAAUUCCGAGCGCUGUAUCCGGAAUACAGCAAAGUCUAUGUGACUCACUAUACCGGUGCCGUCAAACGGCUAAACCAAGCCCUCAAGCAAAAGGCCGGUGCCGUCUGUUUGGUUGUGUCUAUGGGCGGGAAACGACAUUCAGUCGAUGCGGUGGACGUACACUCCCGGGUGUUUGUCAUCGAAGGGGAGGCGCGGCAUCGAAAUUGUUUUUAUUUGGAUCCGACGGCUGAAGUGAGAGAUCCUAAUCCACUGCUUAUGAAGAUUAAGAGUAAAGUGGCUAAAAAUACUACUCUUUUGUGUGGAAACGCAUAUUUAAGGGCCGGGAGGCAGUCUAUCCGGUGGUGUCUCGACUUUAUUUCAUAUGUUUUAAGCGAUAAGGAUUGGCAUAAUCUGUAUGAUUGGCGCCCAUUGAGAGCCAAAAAUUGA